AGCAAAGGAGAUAACAAAUGGAAUUAGUGUAUCUUCUCUGCUCUAUACUCUCCACUUCCUUCACUUCCUUCUUCCUGUCUCUUCUCCUCCUUUUUCGCCUUCUGCUCCGCCGAUUAGGUUUCCGAUUUGACGCCGCCGGAGCUGUAGCCGGAGAAGGAGAAGACACUGUUUCUCUUUAUGAAGGAACUGUAUGGCACGAACGACGUCGUCCGGUUCACCAUUCAUUUCGAUAUCCGGUUCGUUACGCACUUAUUGACCUUGAUCGUUCGUCUAAUCCGCCAUCUGAUCACUUCUCAGCUCAUGAAGCUCGUCGCAUUUCUGGCACUACUGGUCCAGUUUUCUUGUUGACAAUACCGCCCAGUGUGGGAUAUGUGCAAAAUCCGUUGAGUUUGUAUUAUUGCUAUGAUACUGAAGGCUCCUUGCAGAAUUUGAAGAAAUGCAUUGCCGAGGUGACUAACACCCCAUGGGGUGAAAGGGUAUCAUUUCUGUUCAACCCAAACUCAGAUGUAGUUGCAAAAUCUCUUCAUGUUAGUCCUUUCAUGGAUAUGCUAGGAAACUGGACCAUGAAAACAAAUACACCUGGGGAUAAUCUAUUUGUAACAAUUUCAGUAAAUCAUCCGAAACAUGGUGAAUAUUUCUCAGCUUCAUUGACGGCCAAAAGAGUAUCAUCCUCCACACAUACUGAUCUAGAUUUAUUUUUCUGGCUAAUGCCUCACAAGGUUGCAUUAGGGAUAUAUUGGCAGGCUCUCAAGCUUUGGUGGAAGGGUGUUUCUUUCUUGCAACAUCCAAGGUACUACAAUCCUAGAUACAGAGAUGAAGCUAUACUAUCUGAUGAGAAGCUUCAAUGUUGUCCGGCGUUUGUAUUUGAGACACAGAACAAUCAACAGGCUGGAGAGCACUGUUCCAAUCCUGCAGAUCACUCAACUUCAAGACAUCAUGGCUUCACUUGGAGGGAUGCAAAAUGGCCCUGGUGCUAAAAGGAAUGCAAAGAGUAGCUCAACCUUUCAUAAAUAAAUGGCCCUCUUGACAAGAAAAUUAAGAAAAGAGAGUCUGGGUAAGUGUUUAUGUCAAACAAUUUAGAUUUUCAAUUUUCAUGAUAACCUUACAAAGUCAAGCUAGUACAUUAAUAGCAUGAGGAAAUUGUUGUACUGCUAUUUCUGGAAACAUGAUAAGUAAAUUCGGAUUCAACUUAAGAACAGAGCAGAUCAACUAAAUUUGAGCUGAGAGGUCUAUAUUAACUAUUAAGGC